AUGUUUCGUCCCGUCAGUCGGCAGGCUGCCUCGCUGAGGAGUGUCCAUAUCUGCUCCAGGCCUGCCCAGCGAUUGUACACCACAACCCAGCACCGAGGACAGCAACUCCCAGGCGAAAAUGACCGGACCACGCAUUUCGGGUUCGAAACUGUUGCGGAGGCUGAGAAGGCGCAGAGAGUUGGAGCUGUUUUCUCCUCAGUGGCCUCGUCCUACGAUACGAUGAACGACCUCAUGUCCUUAGGUGUUCACCGUCUAUGGAAGGACUACUUCGUUAGAAGCCUCAACCCGGGCAGUCGAACUGACGACAAACCCUGGAAUAUCCUCGAUGUUGCUGGCGGCACGGGUGACAUUGCUUUCCGCAUGCUGGACCAUGCGACCAACGUCAACCUUGAUCUCAACACGAAAGUCACAAUCGCAGACAUCAACCCAGACAUGUUGGCUGAAGGGCGGAAAAGAUCUCUACAAACACCAUACGGAAAGUCGGGAAGAUUAUCGUUUAUGGAAGGAAACGCAGAGUCCAUGCCUUCAAUUGAAACCAACUCUGUCGAUCUUUAUACUGUGGCCUUUGGCAUUCGAAACUUCACUGACAAAGACGCUGCAAUCCGCGAAGCCUUUCGAAUCCUCAAACCCGGUGGCGUCUUCGCCUGUCUGGAGUUCAGUCACGUUGACAGCUCCAUCUUCAAUGCUGUGUACAAGAGAUGGAGCUUCGGAGCUAUUCCUUUGAUCGGCCAGUUAGUCGCCGGAGAUCGCGACAGCUAUCAAUAUCUUGUUGAAAGUAUUGAACGGUUUCCGACACAAGAAGAGUUCAAGGCUAUGAUACAGAAUGCGGGCUUCAUUGCGCCCGGCAAAGGCUAUGAAAACCUGACGGGAGGAAUUGCCAGCAUCCAUCGAGGUGUGAAACCGCUAUAA